AUGCACGUUGUUAAGAAGUUACUACCAUGGGCAACGCCACUUCUGUUGCUCAUUUUGACUGUUGUAGCUAUCUAUUCCUACUCUCAAAUCCGCCUCCUUUCACUUCCCAUCUCACAAGCCCUCGCACUAUUCACGAUUGUUUUGCCGCUUGUUACUGGUAUUUCUACACAAGGUGCCAUUGGUUUGAUCCAGCGAGCGAACAAGAAGGAACAAAAUCAACUUACGCUGCCACUUAUUGCGGUUAUUGGAUUUCAGUUGAUCUACGAGACUGUUGUCGCUACUCUGGCCCUGACAUAUAUGAUACCACCCAAUUCAUUACAUUGUGGCUUGGAAGAUAAAUGGCAGAAGCUCUUCAGCACGAAGAAUGAAGGAAAUAUUAAAGCGAUUCAAGACACGUUGAAUUGCUGUGGACUUCAUUCUGUGUUUGACAAGGCAUGGCCAUUCAGGAAGGAUGUCCAUGGACCUGGGAAUUGUGUGGAUUUGACAAAUCGCUCUCAGAGUUGUUUUGGUAGCUGGAGACAAGCGGAACAGGUCAAUGCCGGCCUGUUUCUCAUCGUGGCUAUAGUCAUUUUCAUCAUUAAGCCGAUCCACAGCAUAAUGGGUGGUGAUACAGAGGCGCCACAGGCAGACGAUAGGGCAGAGACCAGACGGCUUAUUGAAGAACGUGAUGACGAAGAAGAGUCUUACCAAGAUGAGCCCACUGAAGAUCGCCUCUCACCGUUCAAUGGUUCUGGACAAGGACCAAGAGUCGAGCCUUCUCGCUUGUCUCAAAACUAUUAA